AUGACAAUAUUUGGGAUCGAAAAUAUUGAUAUUCCAAAAGAGAUCAAUCUCACGGCACAUUUCGUAGGAAUGCAACAACUUGGUGGUGUUCGAACAAUUACUGAGAGUAGAAAGGACAGGGACAGCGAGCAACGCGUUGAAAAUGAUGAAUUGCAACAGUUUGAUGUUGUCAAAAUACCAGGCAAAUACGAACUGGACGAAGGGAUGAUCGGGCAACUGAACGGUCGGCGGUAUACAGCUACUACUUACUUAGAAGAGCAGUGUAGGACAAAUUCAGUACUCACAGCCUUGAGCACAAUCAUUCCAAAAAAGGAGUUGGCUAUUGGUUACGUGAACGUCGCGUUCAAAAACAACCUAUCUACAAACACUUCGCAUUUCCGAAUGAGCCAGCUCUGA